AUGUCUUUUGGUUGCCUUUUGUUGUCGCUCACGACACUCAGCGCUCUGACCGCUAAGAUGCCCGAUCACACGGGUACUUGGAAAUUCAUCUCGACAACUAGACUGCUGGACCCUGCGAAUACGACGCACCUUCCACUGGACGACAUGGAAUCUGUUUUUUGGGUCUUUCUGUACCUCGCACUCAAGUAUGGCAACCACGAGCUGACCGGCGAAGCAGUGGGCAACUUCCUCAUGAACACAUUCGACUACAUGCAGUCUGAGAACGGCUUCUACAUUGGUGGUAGACUUGGCAAAGGAAACGUCAUAAAAGAUCCCACCCUCAGGCUAGAGACAGAGUUCAGGCCCAAAAUGCUCAACACCAUCCUUCAGCUCAUGCACGGUGCCUUUCAUCUACGGUACGCCACCCCGGAAUGGCAAUCAUCUGAUGUCUUCGACGAGGCCGAAAGAGAGGACGAGGAAAAGGAGUUUCGGGCGAAAGCCAAAGAACAUGCCGAUAAAAUGAAGCGACUCGAGGAUUCCACCUACCUCCAAAAAGUGAUCAAGCAUUUCACUUCCGACGCGCUAAGCGGUACAAACGGGUUAUUCGAAGGCGCUUGGCCGCCGGGUCUCAUCCCUCGGGAACGGGAGGGCAAUGAAAGCGACAACGUCAACGGCAAGCGUAAGAGAUUAUCCACGAGCGUCGCUGCUCUGCAUGUCGGGACCGGGUGGCUUCAGCUUAUGUGGGCCGAUUCAGGCGCGGUGGAUGUUCGAGCACGAGUCGAUGAUGCAGAUUCGGGUGCAAGAGAUGGGGGAAAUGUUGAGGCGGCGGCGAACGGGAUGGGCGACGACGACAAUCCAACUUUGCAAUGUGGAGAUGGGGGAAUCAAGCUCGGAGGGCGUCAGCCUUAG